CAUCUGUGAAGAGAAGCCCGUGCAGCAGCUCUACCGAUUCCUCAACUAUCGCUAGGGUCAGAGCUGCAAGGCGUCUGUCAGCGAUUGCUCGAAGCCGAGACGAGUCCCUAGGUUCUCCGGAAAUUCCGGUGAAAACGAUGGGGAAACCUAGCGAUGAUGUGACGGGAAGUACAUCGAAUGAGUGCACACCUGACGGCAGCUGCAAGCAGCCGCAGGUUUGCCGCCCAUCCAACAAAGCGGGGGACAAGCAGAUUUCGAAAAGAAGACGAACAUCGGACGCGUACGCAGAAGGAGGAGAGUCGCAGGGAGAUGCGCACGGCAAAAGACAACUCACAGCAGACACUGUCAAGGGAGAGGCUGAUGCUUCGGCAUUGAGACAGUGUGACGCCGAGAACCAGCGGGUGAACUCUGACGUUUGGCUGAGCAUCAUCAGUUUCUUGAAAGCCAAGGAAGUUGUCACGGUGGCCAUGCUCAAUCGUGAGUUCCACUUGCUGGCUAUGGAGGAAGAGGUUUGGCGGUGUGUGUGCGAGCGGCAGCUGGGUAUCGUCAUUCCUGGAGGGCUGUCGAAGCCCAGUUUAAGCUGGCGCGCUCUCUUCCGGUCCGUCACUGAUGGGAGGCAUUCGUUCAAGUAUCAGCAGCAGGAUAAGCAUCUGGAUUGGAUGAGGCUCGGCGUUUUCGAGGUACGCUCUGGGAUGGUCAUUGCGACGGACACUCUUCGAGCGGACAACAAGGGAAAGCAAGGUCAUUGUGAAGACGGGCCAGUGAACUCAGCGAAGGCCAGCCGUUCGGAUCCACCUUCCUCUCCGCCGGCCUUCACCUCUUCCUCUUCUGCUCCUUCCUCCUCUUCUUCCCCUUCCUCUUCCUCGGAAGUUGAUGCCUAUGGUGUUUCGAGAGAGGACGGGUUUUCGCAGGCGAUUGGGAACGUGCGACAAGGAAGUUGGAUAGCAGACAUGCACCUGCUGCGCUGUCCUCUCUGCGACUCGCCCACCUGCGAAGGAACUAUGCAAGCUUUGGACGCAUGGCAUUCCGAGCUGUUUCUUCAUGAUGAGGCCGUCAACAAGAAAUGGAGUUACCAGGAGCUGUCAUCGAGAAACAGCACCGACGACGUCCCCGCAGCGGUGGCGGCGAUUUUCGACGCGGAGGAGUUCAAUCAACCCACCACGAGGUGCAGCAAAGAAAUGCUUAACUUGAAGUCAUGGGCAGGUCCGGAAGGAGAUUGGCAACCUCGUGGGAGGGUGUCCUCGUUCGCAGCCGCCGUCUGUACGAACCUUCAGGAGAAUGCCGGGCUCAACGUCAAGUGCUAUGCCAUGCGUGCAGGGGAUCGCGGCCCUGUGAUGGGCAUUCGCAUCACCCAGCAACUCAAUUAGUUCCUCUUAACACAUGCAUGCGGUUUGUGAGGCAUCUGCGACCUCGGCAGUUUCUGGGAGUGACGCGCUGACGUUGCGACGUUUGGCACUCGUUCCAAGAAUCUC